AUGGCGAAUAUUAUGGGACAGAACAAAGGACUGAUAGACUUCGACCAGAAGAGUCUAGCUAUUGCGGCGGCAUCAAUCGCAUUUAACCCCAUAUUCUGGAACACCGUUGCUCGCCAAGAAUACCACAACAAGGUUCUCACGAAGCUUGCCGGUGGCAACUCACGAUAUGCUUGCUAUGGCCUCGCAGUUGCCAUCUUCUCCCUGGGAAUAUUCCGCGACUUACUCUACGAACGUGCCCUCCGCGACCAACCUUCACAUCCAGCCUUCGAAACCCCACUUUCAAACUACGUCGCAUACGCUCUGUUAGCAUCUGGAAACGUCCUUGUAUUGUCCUCUAUGUGGGCUCUGGGCGUUACCGGUACAUACUUGGGUGAUUACUUUGGCAUAUUGAUGGAUCAUAUGGUCACAGGGUUCCCGUUCAAUAUCUGCAGUGCGCCCAUGUAUUAUGGCUCUACGAUGAGCUUCCUCGGCACGGCAAUCUUGUUUGGCAAGCCUGCCGGAAUACUGUUGACUGUUGAGGUUCUGAUAGUCUAUUUGAUCGCAUUGAGGUUUGAAGACCCUUUCACUGCUGGCAUUUAUGCAAAGAGGGCCAAGGCGCAGAAGAAGGCGGGAAAGAAAGAGCUAUAG